CUCCAGCCCUGCACCGCCUACGUCCCCGUCUACCCCGUCGGGCCGGGGUGCCGGUGGGGGGCACCCUGGGGGGGCCAUUGGGGACCCCCAUGGGGGUCCCCGGGGGGGUCCCGGGGGGGCUGGAGGGGCGCGGGCCGGGCGCCCCACGACUACCUGCCCAUCGCUGUCCUCACCACCCUCUGCUGCUUCUGGCCCACCGGCGUCGUCGCCAUCGUCAAAGCCGUGCAGGUGCGCACAGCAGUGGCGCGGGGGGACAUCGUCUCGGCCGAGAUUGCCUCGCGGGAGGCACGAAACUUCUCCUUCAUCAGCCUGGCCGUGGGCAUCGCUGCCAUCGUGCUCUGCACCAUCCUCACCGUCGUCAUCAUCAUCGCCGCCCAGCACCACGACAAUGACUGGGAGCCCUAGUGAUGUCACCGCGACACCCCCCCCCCCACCCGCCGCGCCCCAGACAUGGUGGCGAUGGGGACCCUCGGCAUCGCCGUGGCAACGCUGGGGAUCCUAGCAACGCCUUAGCGACAGCUCGGGUACUGGAGACCCGCGGCUUUGCCACGGCAACAGCGCCGGGCAUCCCCGGCGUCACCAUGGCAACGCCCGGGAGUCCUCGCGUUGCCCCGGUAAUGGGAACAGCCGCUCCCGGCAUCGCCAUGGCGACGCCUGGCAUCCCACAGCAACACCCUGGCAACGGGUACAGCAUCACCAUGGCAACGCCUGACCCCACCCACCCCAGCCACGCCUCUGGCCCCGCCCCCAGGGCUCCCGGUGGGCGGGCCUCCCAGGAAGCUUUGUGGCGGGGCCCCGCCCCAUCUGCAUGCCAAGACCCGCCCCCCCACCAGGCCCCGCCCCCUGUGACGUUUUGCUGCUGCCGGUUCAAUAAAUCUCUAUAUUGAUA